GAGUCAAAUGGUUAUUUUGAUAGCAAGGUACUAUCAAGAUACCAUGCUGAAAUUAUUUUUCGUAAUAAUCAAGUUUUUAUCAAAGAUUCGAAAUCUAGUAACGGUACGUUCAUAAAUGGUAAAAGAUUAAGUGCUGAAGGUAAAGAGAGUAGUCCUAUUGAACUCAGACAUGGUGAUGAUUUGGAAUUUGGAGUUGAUAUUGUUAAUGAACAAGAUAAGAAAUUGAUGUUCCGUAAAGUUGCCGCAAAA